CGGCCACAGUGCGAUCAGAGUCCGCAUCAGUACCGGAUCUUUUCCGCUACACACCGACACGCGGGCCACACGCUACACUUCUCUUGCCGUCUUUUUUUCCCCUCCCCCGCCAGUUUUCCUCCCUCGUUUUUUCGGCUCUUUUUUUUUUUGGUUUUUUCCGACCGACUUACAAAAAAAAAACACUUCCGCAAAGUCGUCGCCGUCGUCCCGCAACUCCAUUAUUAUUAUUAUCAUCGCAUAUCGUCCGGCGGCCCGUAAGGAGUGCAUUUUCUACAAGCGUUUAUCGCUUUAUCCGAUGCGAUCGUCUUCCGGUUGACCACCGGACGGUCGUGUGACGACCACCACUAAGCCGCCGCCGUCGUCUUUUGCCGCCCGGCGGGCACCGCGGUCCCAGCGCCAUCAGCCAUCACGUACUGCUAUACGUACCCGGGGGCACUGCACGUAGCCGGAGAGCAACAGCCGUCGACGCUGCGGACUUGUUGCGCGCACUGUUGCUCACCCGUCGCCGCAGCCGUCACCACUGCCGCCGCCGCCACCGCCGCCGCCGCCGCAUACCACCACGUAUAUCAGCCGGCAACUGUACCGCCGCCGCCGCCGCCGCAGCCUCUUCGGCAACAGUUACAACAACAGCAACAACACUAUCAACUGGCCAUCGCCGUGACGCCGCAGCCAAAGACACCGCAGCCGCCGCACGUCGGCCUUUACCUGGCCGCCGCCAACACGUCGUACCCGCAACAGUACAGAGAAGUUAUCACGACGGCACCGCCAACAGCAACGAUCGCCACGCCGGCGGCCGCCGCCGUGCAGGACGACGUAGAGAUGCGUGGGUCUGACGAGAUGGUCACAUCGCCGGGGGUCGAAGGAGGACCCGUCAGCAACGGAGACACGAUGGGACCCAAUCACGUGGACAACAACAACGACGCGAAAAAAGUCAAACUAGACAAAACUGCCAACAACAAACCGUCACGUGUGAUACACAUACGCAACAUACCCAACGACGUCACCGAAGCCGAGGUCAUACAUUUGGGCAUACCGUUCGGCAAAGUCACCAACGUGUUGGUGUUGAAAGGCAAGAACCAGGCUUUUCUGGAAAUGGCGGACGAGACUUCGGCGUCGGCCAUGGUGACGUACUUUACUACUUGCACUGCUCAGCUACGCGGACGAGCCGUCUUCAUACAGUUCAGCAACCACAAGGAACUGAAAACCGACCAGACCCACAGUAACGCGAACGCGUCGGCCCAAGCGGCUCUACAAGCAGCCCAGGCGUUGGCCGGUCAAAGCGACGUGCAAGGAGGUCCGAACACCGUCUUACGGGUCAUCGUCGAACAUAUGGUAUUCCCGAUCAGCUUAGACGUCCUGUACGAGAUUUUCUCCCGUUACGGCAAAGUAUUGAAAAUCGUCACGUUCACCAAAAACAAUUCGUUCCAAGUGUUGAUCCAGUAUCCAGAUGUGGUGACCGCGCAAUCCGCAAAAUUGUCAUUGGACGGACAAAAUCUGUUCCAUACCGGUCAUUUGUUUGACCUGUCGCAUUUGAAUAACUCUUUGGACGGCCAAAACAUAUACACGUCGUGCUGCAAGCUUCGCAUCGAAUAUUCGAAAUUGUCCAGUCUGAACGUUAAGUACAACAACGACAAGUCCCGCGACUACACCAACCCGACGUUGCCCAACGGCGACAACACUGUAAUGGAGACCCUGGCCGCUCUGGGCGUGGACCCUGUGACCAGUAACCAGCUGCUGCCGCACCAGAUCAGCUUGCUGCUGUCGUCCGGAGUGCCCAACGGUGCGGGAUUGCCCCAGGCCCGCCGACAACUGGCCACCAACGCCGACCACAGUCGUCUUGCAGGCAGUCCGGGUAUGUUGACGCAGUCGUUUAAUGCCGUCCACGGACUCACAUCGCCGUUGGCCACUUCCUUCGGCAACUCACCGGUGUCAAGUAUGCCGCUCGGGUUCACGUUACCCGGUGGUUCGUUGGCGGCCAGUACCCUCAGGCUUCCCGGCCAAAUGACCGGCCAGACGUGCGUGCUGCUCGUCAGCAAUUUAAACGAAGAGAUGGUCACGCCAGACGCUAUUUUCACUUUGUUUGGCGUCUAUGGAGAUGUGUUACGCGUAAAGAUCCUCUACAAUAAAAAAGACGGAGCUUUGGUCCAGAUGGCUGAACCUCAACAAGCACAUUUGGCCAUGUUACAUUUGGACAAAGUUCGUUUGUACGGCAAAUACAUACGAGUAAUGCAGUCCAAAUACCAGACGGUCCAGCUGCCCAAAGAGGGUCAGCCCGAUUCCGGACUGACUAAGGACUACACGUCUUCACCCCUGCACCGAUUCAAGAAACCGGGCUCGAAAAACUACCAAAACAUUUAUCCUCCGUCGUCUACUCUACAUUUGUCAAAUAUACCGACAACAUUAUCGGAAGACUUCCUGAAGACUGCUUUCGAAAACAACGGUUUUACCGUUAAAGACUUCAAAUUUUUCCCUAAAGACCGUAAGAUGGCACUUAUCCAAAUGGAAUCUUUGGAGGAAGCGGUCGCCGCAUUGAUUAAAAUGCACAAUUAUCGACUCAGCGAACAAAAUCACUUGCGUGUGUCGUUCUCAAAGUCCAACAUCCAGCCGGAUGUGCUGACGCCUAACUAAGAGAUCCCACUUCCCCUACGCUUUAAAAGUUACUUGGACAGUGUUGUGUCGCGCACAACAGUCAACGAUCUUUAUGAACACGACCGGGUGUUUUACAAGUAUUUUUUAUUUUUAUUAUUAUUAUAAUUAUUGUUUCAUAUUUUAAAUGUAUUCGUAAAACAGUAUUAUUUUUUAAAUUUUAUUAUUAUUAUUAUUCUGAUUUUUUUCUUUUUUUUUUUUACACAAUUAACUUUUAAUGUUUCUAUUUACUUAUUUUUCCUAUAGUAUUAUUUUUUAUUCGAAUAGUAUUUAAAUGUUGAUGUUUUUUUUCCAUCAUUCCUCUAAGUGUCUAUAUACUUGUGUAUUAUUUAUAAUUUAUAUCAUAUGUGUAUGUUGUGUAAUAACGUUUUUAAGAAGGCCGACUUUUGUGGCCGUAAAAAUAAUAUUUAUGAUUUUUGAAGAAAAAAAUUAUUUUUAGUUAAUAGAGAAAUCGUCACCAAAGGAUGCGAUAAAAAUGUAUAUUGAGCAAUCGCACUUUAUUUGUAUGUCAUUUUCAUGCGUAUUAGAAAUUUUUAACAUUUAUUUAUUUAUACUAUACUUAUACUAUUAUUCUUUUAUAUUCUGCUCUACAAUUAUGUUUUAUUUUUUAGCUUAAAACGGUUUUCUUUUUUUUAUACGAGUAAUUUUUAAUGAUUUGUUUAGAUCAAUAAACUGUUUAUUUUUUAUUUUUUUUAUUUUUUUAUUUUUUUCUGUGCGGUAACAAUUUGCGUUUUUGUUUUCAUUUUAUUUAAUAACUAAUUUAUAUAAUAUUUUUGAGAAUCUGAUUUUCUGAAAAAAAAAUCUUAUUCUUUUUACGAUACUAUACCUUUUAUCCAGAGCAAUGUAAACCCUCACGAGUUCACAUCGUAAUACUGCAAAGAAUUUGAAUUUUUACCGUACAGCGUUUUGUUAUUAUUUCUCCACCGUUGCGCUUUUAUUAUUUAAUUAUUAUUUUCCUCGUUUUGCUUUUCCGAUUUUCCUUUUGGUUUUUAUAUUAUUUGUUGUUUAGUAGAAAAGAAGCAGACAUAUCGCAAAUCAACUAUCACAAUCAUUUCUGUAAUAUAUCUAAAAAAAACUUACAAUAUUAUCUUACUGUUAAUUUUUUUUUUUUUUAAUUAUUAAUAUUAUUCGAUUUUUACUUAGUUAAGUUUUAAGUCGGAGUGUUGUUUUAACAAAUUUAUGUGAAAGCGAAUAGCUUAAGAGUAGACGACAGGAAAAUGUUAGUUUUUUUUUAGACACAAUUAUUUGUUAUGUUAUAAUAAACUAAGGGUUUUUUUUUUUUUAAAAAAUUACUCUGUAGCUGUUAGUCAUAAUAAUAAUAAUAAUUAACUCGUUAAGAAUGAAUGCCAAUGUGACAAUCAAAAUUCUAAACGACGUGUACGCUAAUCGCGCGUAACGUCUAUACUGUUCUUGAAAAAACUCGAUGGGCAGACGAUAAUACCAAAGUUAUACACGAUGCGACGAUUAUUGAUAUUCUUUGGUGAUAUUUAUUGUGUGCCCACGUCUUGAAUUUUUCGUUUUUCUCAUUAUUAUUAAUUAUCUUAAUCGUAUUAAUAUUAAUUAAUUAAACAAACUUAGUUUUUACCUUCGAUGGUGUCCUCGAAUUCUGUUAUCCAAUCAACGAUGGCCGUCUUCAUCCUACCCAUGUCAAUUUGUGCGCACUUUACUAUGCGUCACUCGCAAUAAUGAUUCAUUAUUAUUAAAAUUGUCAUUUAUUUAGUUUAGACAUGUAUUUAUAUAUUUAGUGCAUAACAACGUUCACAACAAUCAUCGUAGCUAAUUUACGGUAUUUUAACUAGGACAAUCUUUUGUUUGGGUUCGCCUCGUGUGGAGCCGGACACGUUUAGAUAUUAUUAUUAUUAUGUAUUUGAAUUAAGAGAGUGACAUAUUAUUAUUAUUAUUAUUCUCGAUCCGAUCCCACCAGUAUAAAAUAUUGAAGUUAGUAGUUGAAUAUGAUUAAAUGUUAUUAUUAAUGUAUAUUAUUAUUAUUAUUAUAAAUGAAUCGUUUAGUUAUUCUAUAAUGAGAUAAAAAUUAAUUAUAUAUUAUAUUUAAUAUAUAACGUGUAGGCAUCAUGUACUAGAUAUGAGUUUUGUUUCACACUAUGUACUAGGUCUUGUAAAAAACCAUUUAUAAGCGUAAACAAAUUAUUAAUAACGAUAAUAAGAAUAAUACUUAGUCGAAGCACAAGCAGUUCUGUCUCACACUUAAAGUAUGUUUUAAUCUUUUUGAUGUUUCUGCAUGUUUUUUUUUUUUACACUAUCGUACAAUAUCUCAGUGACUCUCACGACACUCGACACGACUUGGGGGUAAUUUUUAACAGUAGCCAUCAGAAAAUGUUAACCCCAAGACACUUACUCUUAUCGUAUCUCGCGUGUACGGGAAAGGUUGUUUGAAAAACUCCACUUAUGGUUUGAGACGGUUAUUUAAGACGAAAUCAAACAAAAAGAUUAAAAUUAACUAGUUUAUUUUACAAAAAAAAAAUAAA